UUCCAAUAUUUCCGCAAUGUGUCGUACUAAGAGACUUCAAAAUAAAAAUCAAAAUCAAAUUUCAUUGCAUUUCCGGAUAUCCGAGACAUAUCAGAUGAUGGUAAUAGUGUAAUAAUAACAAAUAAGUUAAGAAUACUAUUGAAAAUAGCCCAUUUUCCAAACGUAUUCAAACUGUCCAGACAAAACUUGUAAAUAAAAACUCGGGAAAGUAGUCAACAAGCUACUGAUAUGGCAAUUACUGGGAAAAUAUGAUUAUUAUCUUCAAGUGAUUACAAUGAAAACGUUAUGUGCAAUAUCCUAAUCUAUUGAUCGAGGUUAUUAUCACCUGCCAUACCCUAAAAUGAUCUACAAACUAGCGUUCAAAAAUUUCAAACUAGCCUUUCCUAUUUUACAUACUGCAAAGUUGUCAACCACCCCUCUCAACAGGGAUAAGCACAACUGCAAAUUAUUGAUUGUUGGUGGUGGAACGGGAGGGUGCGCUGUCGCAGCCAAAUUCGCCAAAAGUCUCAAUAAAAAGGAUCUAGUCAUAUUGGAACCGAGCGAACAUCAUUAUUAUCAGCCUCUAUUCACUCUGAUCGGGGGAGGAGUGGGAUCAGUGGAAACAGCUAGAAGGAAUGAAAAAGAUGUUCUACCCAAGAAUUCUGUUUGGAUACAGGACCAAGCUGCAGAAUUCAUUCCCAAGGCAAAUGUAGUUCAUACAACAGGAGGUCAUACGAUAGAGUAUGAUUACUUACUCAUAGCUGUGGGCUUAGAUCUUCGCUAUGAUAAGAUUCCAGGAUUGUUAGAUGCUCUGAGCAGGCCAGGAGGAGUCUGUUCCAAUUACUCACCAAAAUAUGUUGACAGAACUUUUGAAGCCCUGUCGGUUCUUGAUGGGGGAAAUGCUAUUUUCACUUUUCCCAAUUCUCCAGUGAAAUGUCCAGGAGCUCCCCAAAAAAUAUGCUAUCUUGUGGAUCACUAUUUGAGGUUGAAUAAAAAGAGAGAGAAAGUAAAUAUAAUGUACAAUACGUCCUUGCCUGUGAUUUUUGGGGUGAAGAAGUAUGCAGAUGCCUUGUGGAAAGUCUGCAAGGAGCGUGACAUAAAUGUAAACUUGAGAACAAACUUAAUAAGUAUCGACUCUGAUAAACAACAAGCCAUGUUUGAGAACUUAGAUAAACCCGAUAUCAAAACCAUGGUAGAAUAUUCAAUGCUUCAUGUAACACCACCUAUGUCAACUCCAGAAUGUUUGAAUCAGAACAAAGAUCUCACAAAUGAAGCUGGUUUUGUUGAUGUUGAUAAGUCAACCUUACAACACUUGAGAUACCCCAAUAUUUUUGCAAUUGGGGAUUGCAGUUCGUCACCAAAUUCGAAGACUGCAGCAGCUGCAGCCGCUCAGAGCGCAGUUGUCUAUGAAAACUUGAGCGCAGUAAUGAAGGGACAAGAGCCCCAAAACACAUAUGAUGGUUACGCUUCUUGCCCAUUGAUCACGGGUUACGACAAAUGCAUCCUGGCAGAAUUCGACUAUAACCUGAACCCUUUGGAGACCUUUCCUUUCAGUCAGGACAGGGAACUGUACUCCAUGUAUUUCCUAAAAAAGAACUUGAUGCCGCCCCUGUACUGGCACUUGAUGCUCAAUGGAUACUGGAAUGGGCCUGCUCCUUUCAGAAAACUCAUGCACUUGGAGUUGAACGGAAAGAAGGAAAAGUUGCAUACAUGAGCAGAAUGUGGUGUGGGGGGUUGACUACUGGAGCAAGAAUCUGCAGUGCAACUGUGGACUUGUAUAAAUAUUUGCCAUAGAAUUUUUGUAGAUGACUAAAAUAUCGUUAUAUGCUUGUUAAUACUUUAAGAAAUAUAUAUUUGUUCGUAUA